CGUAGGCAUCGCUGCGGCCGUUGCUGCGGGAGAGGGCUCCUCGCGCCGCCCCUCCCUUUUCUCUCUCUCGCUGCUGCGGCGGAAGUAGUUCUUUGCCUGCCGUCGGUGGGCGGGGCCUGAGCCGUGGUUGCCAUGGCGAUGGCGGGCCCCGGGCCUGGCUCCGUCGGGGCCCCUGCGGCGGCGGCAGCGAUGGCGGCUCCGGCGUGCGCUGUUCAGGCCUCGGCUCCGGCGUCGUCGGCUUUUCCCGGUGAGACGAAGGUGAUCUACCACCUGGACGAGGAGGAGACGCCGUACCUGGUGAAGAUCCCGGUCCCCGCCGAGCGCCUGACGCUGGGCCACGUCAAGGCGGCGCUCGCCCGGCCGGGGGCCAAGUACUUCUUCAAGAGCAUGGACCAGGACUUCGGGGUUGUGAAGGAGGAAAUCUCCGAUGACAAUGCAAAGCUCCCUUGUUUCAAUGGCAGAGUCGUUUCCUGGCUGGUGUCCUCAGAAACCCCCCAGCCAGAGCCUCCACCACCGCCCCCUCCUAUUGAGGUACGACCGGAGCCUUCCCCGCCACCUCCACCACUACCUCCGUUGCCUGUGGAGCGGACCAGUGGCAUCGGGGAUUCCCGGCCCCCUUCUUUCCACCCAAAUGUCUCGGGUAGCCACGAGAACCUGGACCACGAAACGGAGACAGAGUCAGUGGUGUCGCUGAGGCGGGAGCGGCCGCGGCGCAGGGAGAGCAUGGAGCAUGGAGGUGGACAUCGCCUGAAUGGGCAGUCUCGCUUGGAGCGGCACCUGGCCGGGUACGAGAGCUCCUCCACCCUCCUCACCAGCGAACUGGAGACCACCAGCCUCUGUGACUCGGAUGAUGAUGACACCAUGAGCAGCAGGUUCAGCAGCUCCACAGAGCAGAGCAGUGCCUCUCGCCUCCUCAAGCGUCAUCGCAGGCGACGGAAGCAGCGCCCCCCGCGUCUGGAGCGGACUUCAUCCUUCAGCAGCGUCACAGAUUCCACCAUGUCCCUCAACAUCAUCACAGUUACACUGAACAUGGAAAAAUACAACUUCCUGGGCAUCUCCAUUGUGGGGCAAAGCAACGAGCGAGGGGACGGCGGCAUCUACAUCGGCUCCAUCAUGAAAGGCGGGGCGGUUGCUGCCGACGGCAGAAUUGAACCUGGGGACAUGCUGCUUCAGGUCAACGACAUCAAUUUUGAGAACAUGAGCAAUGAUGAUGCUGUGAGAGUCCUGAGAGAGAUAGUUCACAAGCCAGGCCCAAUUGUGUUGACAGUGGCCAAGUGCUGGGAUCCCUCCCCGCAAGGGUAUUUCACCUUGCCAAGAAAUGAGCCAAUCCAGCCCAUCGACCCAGCGGCUUGGGUGUCCCACUCAGCUGCCCUGACCGGGGCCUUUGCUGCCUACCCAGGGAGUAGCUCCAUGAGCACCAUCACCUCCGGGACGUCUGUCACAGAGACCGAGCGCUUUGAUGACUUCAACCUCUCCAUCCACACUGACAUGGCUUCUGUCACCAAGGCAAUGGCCUCUCCUGAGUCGGGCCUGGAGGUGCGGGACCGCAUGUGGCUCAAAAUCACCAUCCCAAAUGCCUUCCUAGGCUCGGACGUGGUGGACUGGCUGUACCACCACGUGGAGGGAUUCCAAGACCGCCGAGAGGCCCGCAAAUAUGCCAGCAACCUGCUAAAGGCCGGAUUCAUCCGACACACGGUCAACAAGAUCACCUUCUCGGAGCAGUGCUACUACAUCUUUGGAGACUUCAGUGGCUGCGAGAACUAUAUGGCCAACCUCUCGCUCAAUGACAACGACGGCUCCAGCGGGGCUUCUGACCAAGACACCCUGGCGCCUCUGCCUCUGCCGGGUGCCACCCCUUGGCCCCUGAUGCCGACGUUCUCCUAUCAGUACCCAGCACCCCACCCAUACAGCACCCAGCCUCCACCCUAUCAUGAGCUCUCUUCCUACAGCUAUGGCAUGGGGAGUGCUGGCAGCCAGCACAGUGAAGGCAGCCGGAGCAGCGGGUCAAAUCGUAGCGAUGGAGGUGGGGGCUCCGGAGGUGGCCGUGGGGCUGGCAAGCACAAGGAGGAGAAGGCUGGGGCAGACUCCAAGUCGGGCAGCGGGAGCGAGUCAGAGUAUUCAACCCGCAGUGGCAGCCAGCGCGGUGGGGGCCCGGUGGGUCCAAGCGGAGAGGGAACCUCGCAGCGGAGCCAGCACAGCCUGGGGGGCAGCAGCAUCCGCUCCCACCACUCCCUCCACACGGCCUACGCUGCCCCAGGAGGGAUGCCCCUGGCCUAUAACCCCAUGGUUGUCAUGAUGGUGCCGCCACCUGCUCCUCCUUCCGCUGCAGCUGCUGCUGCAGCCAUCCAACCUCCAGGUGCCCCGCCAGUUCGCGAUUUGGGCUCCGUGCCUCCUGAGCUGACGGCCAGCCGCCAGUCCUUCCACAUGGCCAUGGGCAACCCUAGCGAGUUUUUUGUCGAUGUUAUGUGAUCUGACAAAGCCCUGCAGGCUUCAAUGUCCCUCUUCUCACCACAGUGGCCUCCCUUCUGCAGAGCCUUCCAAGAACCGCCUGACCUCCUCCGUUUUGCUGCCUCUGGCCACGAAAGAGCCUUCCAGGAGUGGGGUGGACCAAACUCUUCUUCCCACGGCCACACAUCAGUAGUGCUUGACCCACUCCCAGGUCUCCCAUCACCAGCUGAGUGGUGAGACAAAAGCAAUACGACUUCCAUUUGUGAUCUGUCCUAGCAUUCACCAACCUGGGACCCUCCUGAUCUGCUGGAAGGCAGCUCCCACAGUCCCCCCGGUUUGGAAAAGGCUGGGAACUUUUGACCUUACUAUCUUGUGACUUGGAGAACCAGUGUGGCAUAGUAGUUUGAGUGUUGUACUGCAACUUUGGAGUCCAGGGUUCAAUUCUCCACUCAGCCAUGAAACCCACUGGGUGACUUUGGGCAAGACACAUGGUCUCAGCCUCAGGAGAAGGCAAUGGCAAACGUUCUCUGAACAAAUUUUGCCAAGAAAACCUGAUGAUAGCUUUGCCAUAAGUCGGGAACGACUUGAAGGCACACAACAACAACAACAAUUUGUGACUUGCCUUAGGACUCAUGCAACACAAUAACCUUGCCAGCACUCCCUCAUUCACCAGCAGAGCCGUUUGCCUUCAUGUGGUCUCAUCAUGUGGGUCCCUUGGAUCUUCAGAAACCGUUUGCCAGAGCUUCCUCCCAUUAAUCAUGCUCACCUGGCUGGGCCUCUCGCCUUCCGGCCUCCAUAUCUCGAGUCAGCCCCCAGCCCUUUUGUCCAUUCUUCUUUUGUUUUUAAUAAGGCUACCUUUGGCCACCUUUUUAAAAUCCUCCGACUCAGGUCUCUAGGAUCAUGUGACCUUUGCCUUCCUCUUACAUAGCUGCCUUGACUUUUAGGAUGACCAAUUGUAGUGGUCAUCUGAACUUUGAUCCCUCUUCGCCAUCACUGUCAGUGAGAUGACCUUUCGAAUGUUCUGUCUUCCUGGGAGUCCUAUGCCAAAGUCCAGUUGCUGUAUCGGAGCUGGCGUGACUUUUGUGUUUUUACGUCACACAAGAAGAUAUCCCUUGAGGUACGAGGGACCCCUUUUGUUGAGGUUUGGGGGACCCUUUCAUUGGCUUUCAUAUGACUCCCAUGUCUUCUGCCUUUUCCUGCUGUCCAUCAAGAAGGCCUUUUUUCCAAUGGUACUCACAGGUCUCCCUUCUUGAGGGUCGCAGAACCGGUGUCAAUGAAGUGAUAAUUUUGUAGGGUUUUUUUUU